AUGAAUGGGAUCAAAACGGAUCGAUGGAUUUCCGACCUUCUUCAGACAGCACCGCCAAAACCGCCACCGGAAACGCUGAAGCCGCCACCAAAUGCUCCACCCACACCAGCGGGGCCACCGGCAGAUGGACCGCCUGCUAAAGGACCUGGACCGGAAGGACCGGAUCCGCCGCUAAAGAAUCCGCCACCUGAAGCAGAUCCUGAGAAAAAUCCGCCUCCUGAUGGGCCACCGGAAACUGGGUCGCCGAUUGGGCCGGAAGGGGCAAGACCGCCUGUUGAUACACCGGCAGAGGGGGCGCCUGCAAAAGGACCUGGACCGGAAGGACCGAACCCGCCGCUAAAGGAUCCCUCACCUGAAGUUGAGCCUGAGAAAAAUCCGCCUCUUGAUGGGCCUCCUGAAACUGGGCCGCCGAUUGGGCCGGAAGCAGGAAAGCCGCCUGUAGAUCCACCGACAGAGGGACCGCCUGCAAACGGACCUGGACCGGAACCGCCGCGAAAGAAUCCGCCACCUGAAGCAGAUCCUGAGAAAAAUCCACCUCCUGAUGGGCCUCCGGAAACUGGGCCGCCGAUUGGGCCGGAAGGAGCAAGACCGCCGGGACCGCCUGCAAAAGGACCUGGACCCGAAGGACCGGAACCGCCGCUUAAGAAUCCCUCACCUGAAGAAGAUUCUGAGAAAAAUCCGCCUACUGAUAGGCCUCCGGAAACUGGGCCGCCGAUUGGGCCGGAAGGAGCAAAACCGCCUGUAGAUCCACUGAAGGAGCCGCUACCGGAACCAGAUCCAGAGAUGAAGUUCCCCAACUACCGGAAGCACCGCCACCAGUUCCAGAUCCGCCAGUCCAGCCUCCAGUUAGACCACCUUGGGCACCCCAUGAGCCUCCGCCGCUCCAUCCAGUCUGACCUCCCGAUCCACCUUGACCACCUCCGGAUCCUGCGCCACCAGUUCCUGAUCUUCCUCCCCAGCUGGCGCCGGUUCUAA